AUGGUGUCUCCCCCAGCAGCUAGUCCGUCCUCAAUAUCACCGGCCAGCAGCUCCCACCUCGGCAAGCGCACCGAGCUCAGCGAGGACGCCACGGACAACGGCAACGGCGACGGCAAUGGUGGCAAGCCGACCUCACGCCCCAAGAGGGCCCAGGUCUCGCGCGCCUGCGCCCGCUGCAAGAGCCUCCGCCGCGCCUGCAACGAGUACCGUCCCUGCAAGCGCUGCGUCGACGCCGGCCUCGGCGACCAGUGCCUCGGCCUGCCCGGACCCGUCUCCCUCGCCUGGGUCUCGGACGGCAGCCAGGCCUUCGGACACGUCCCGCACGAGGCCGUCCAGCGCAUGGCCGAGCUGCUGCCGGCCCGCGUGAUGGACUACUGCGUCGACCGCUUCUUCGCCCGCCUGCACCCCACCAUCCCCAUCCUGACCCCCGAGUACGUCGCGCACCUCAAGGUCGUCGCCGGCCCGAGCGAGCCCGGCAUGGAGGCCCACUGCCUCCUCACCGCCGUCUGCGCCCUCGUGUUGCUGCAGGUCGAGGAGCCGGAGAGCCUGUUCCUCCAGGGCCUCAUCCCGGAGAAGAACGCGCUGCACGGGAGGAUGCUCUUCGAGGAGGCGCUGGCCGCGCACCGCAACUUCGCGCGCCGGUCGAACCCCAGCUUCGAGCAGUGCCUGCUCACCUUCUUCCUCUACGCCUGCCACUCGGCGCUGUUCCACCACAGCCAGGCCUUCCUGUUCCUGCGGGAGGCGACGACGCUGUUCCUGCUGCUGCGCCUCAACACCGAGUCCUCGCCGCGCGCGCUGGCGGACCGGCUGUUCUGGGUGCUGCUGGUCUCGGAGAGGAGCCACGGGAUCCGGUACCGGCGGCCGGUGACGCUGCAGAUCACCGCCGAGAGCCCCAUCAUGGACAACGACCCGACGCUGCCCGGGUUCUGGAGCCUGGCGGCGCUGUUCGCCCCGCUGGACACGAGCUUCAUCGCGCUGUUGAACCAGGAGAAGGUCGCGACGCCGCCCUCGAACACGGCGCUCACGUACAUCGAGACCGCCGUCAACGCCGCGCUGCGGUCGACGUCGGACUUGAAGGAUACGCAGAAGGCGAAUUUGAGGGUGACCCAGCUGUGGCUGAGGAUCAUACUCUGGCAAUUGCGGCUGCGGUUCGGGUACCUCGCGGAGGAGUCGAUCCACCAGAGCAUGACGUAUCAUUAUCCCCUGGAGGUGGCCAAGGACUUGGUGCUCUCGACGAGGGAUCUACCGGUUGACAGCAUCAAAGUUCACGGGGUGGGAUUGACGGAGAAGCUGUUCGAUAUCGCGUCUGCUGCGGUGGACGUGUUGGCGAGGGUUCCGAUCACGCCGAGGAGUCCGCACAGGAUAGGCGCUGGACCCGAGGAUGAUUUGAACUACAUGAGGCGGCUCAUCACGAGGCUGCCAGGAGGGAAUUCUAUAUAUGACGAGUUGUUGGAUAAGCACAUCCAGCAGGCUGUGCCGAGUAUGGCGCUCGGUGCAGUCGGGGCACUAAGCCAUCCGACGUAA